AUGGCGAGGUCGGGAAUCCGCAAUCCCGGGAAUUGCGGCUCCCGGCGGCAUUCCCGGCCUCCGAAGCCGCACGUGUCUCCCCAUCCCGUCGUCGCCGAGGAAAUGGGAAAAUCCAAUUCCCUGUUUCCCGGAGCCUCCCAGGAAGAGCCCUUUGUUUUUCCUCGGAUUAACCCUUCCCGGCACCGGGAUCGCGGCCUCUUCCUCGGCGCCAGCUCCGGGAUGGGACAAAGAGCCGGGAACAAUCCCAAAAAACACCCCAAAAACCUCCGGAAAGCUCCAGCCCUUCCCUUGGAUAGCAGGGAUACCGGGAUGCGGAUGCGGGAUAUAUUUCCCCAUCUUCCUUCAGCAAACAGCCGGGAAUGCGCAGACGGAGAAUCCCAGAAAAAGCUGCCGCUCCUGCACCGGGAGCGCUGGGAAAGGGCCAGGAAGCGGGAAGAAAGCCGGAAUUCCGGCUCCUCCUCGGCGCUCCCGCGGAAAGGCCCGAAAACGGCAGGAAUCGCCCCAAAACGGGGCCCUCCCCUCCCCCAGGCCCUCGGAGCGCUCUGCUCCAAAUCACUUCCAGACCCGCAUUCCCACAGCGGGAGGAGGAGGGAUACAAUGGGAGCGGAGCGGGAGGAGAAGCGGAUCCGAAUCCGCGGAUACCGGCCGGCUUUUCCGUUAUCCGGCGCGUCGGGGAGGGAAUUCCGUGGGUCUCGGAGGCCCCGGCUGCCCGGAGCGGAUCCGGAAGGGCGCCGGAUCCGGGAGCUUUUCCCGCAGCCACGAUGGAUAUUCCGGCUCCCGGGCCGGCUCCGGAUGCGGCUCGAGGGGCUCCCCCUCCGCCGGCUCCCGCUUUCGGGCGCGAAACGGCCCCGGAUCGGGACCCGCUUCCCGCUUUUCCCGGCGCAUCCCGGCGUUCAUUCCCGUCGCAUCCCGCGGCGCGCGGUGAGGAGCGGGACGCGGAUCCGGCUCCUCUUCCGGCGGGAAGAGGCGGCUGCUGCUCCCCGCUCGGAAUCGCCGGGAAGCCGCUCCGUUUGCGCCCGCGUUCCGGGCUUGGCGGAGAGGACGGCUUGCGGGAACGCCGGCGCGCUUCCCGCAUGGAUAUUUCCUUCCUUUCGGCUCUGCCGCGGCAUUCCAGAGCGCUGGGAAAACAGGCCUGGGAAACCGGGCGCCGGCGGAGGCUGCCAUGGCCAAAAACGAGGCAAAAAGGCCCAUUGGCUGGGGUUUCCCCCCAUCGUGGACUCCAAGGAGGCCGAUGCCGGGGGCGGAUGCGGCUCCGGAGCUGCCCGCAGAGGGAAGCAGCCUCCCGGCUCCCCGCACGGCUCCUUCCUGGACUGCAGCCUCUGCGGGAAGGCGUUCGGAAGCGCCAGCUCCCUGAGCAAGCACUACCUGAGCCACAGCCAGGAGCGCAAGCACGUCUGCGGCGUCUGCAGCAAGGCCUUCAAGCGCCAGGACCACCUGAGCGGGCACAUGCUGACGCACCAGAAGACGAAGCCCUUCGCGUGCCCGGAGCAGGGCUGCGGCAAGAGCUACUGCGACCAGCGCUCGCUGCGGCGCCACGGCGAGCUGCAGCACGGCCUGUGCGUCCCCAAGGGGGACGGCGCCGCGCCGGCACCGCCGGAUCCCUCCGGGAGCUCUCCGGGAGCCUCCGGGGACGCCCGUCCUUGUCCCGGCGUGUUGGCCGUGGUGGCUCCCGACGGCUCCGCGGGGCUGCCGUGCUUCCCGCUGUUCUGCGGGAUGGACGGCGCCGCGGGCUCCCUGCAGAGCGCCGAAUUGGCCACGGUGUCGCCGAGCCAGGUGGCCAUGGCCUCCUUCCCGUCGCGCCGGGACCGGCCCCGGCUCACCAUCUUCAACAGGAUCCAGGGUGGAAAUAUCUACAGCUUUACGAGCGCAGCGAGGGAGGAGAGCUCGGCAGCAGCAUGUACUAAGACCAGUGGUGUUCCUACAGAUGGAGGCAGAUUUGAAAGUGGUUUUCUUUGCAAGAGCUGCAGUCAGCUGUUCUAUACCGAGAAAGGCCUGGAGAGCCACAUGUGUUUCCAGGGCGAGCAGUGGUGUUCACCAGAGAGGAAGGAGGAGCAGCAGGAAAACGGGAAUGCCCAGAAGCUGGACGCCGGGAGCAAUCCCUGCGGAACGGAGGCGCGUUCGGAAGCGGCGGCUCCGCUCGUCAUUCCCGUCUCCGUCCCUGUGCCGGCGCCGAGCCCGCCGGGAAGCAGCAAGGAGGCUCCCGGCUGCCUCCCGAAGGCGGGCGAGCGGGAAAGCCGGGAUGCGGACGAGCUCCGGGAAAACGCGCGGCAGAAGAAGAGGAAGAGGCAAACGCGCCCCAAAUCCCUGUUUAUCCCCCCGCCGCCCUCCUGCGAGGCCGCGGGGGGCUGCUUCCAAAGCAACCUGCGCUCCCCGGUGUUCCUGGUGGAUCAUCUCCUGCGGGAUUUGUUCCAGAGCUCUCCGUACACGCCGCCCCCCAUGCUCAGCCCCAUCCGGGAAGGAUCCGGCCUUUAUUUCAGCACCCUCUGCUCUGCUAGCGGAGACCCCAACCAGCUGUUCAGCACCGUGUUAGACAGGAUGGACAGAGACUUUGGGUUUUGCCUGGUGAAGGAUAACACCAAAAUCAGCGUGGAGCCGCACAUUAACAUCGGAAGCCGCUUCCAGGCGGAGAUCCCGACGCUCCAGGAUAGAUCCAACCUGGAAAGCGCCGAGCAGGCGGCCUCAUUAGUGUGGAAACCCUGGGGAGACAUCGCCACGAACCAGGAAACCCAGGACAGAGUGACGGAGCUGCUGAACAUGGCCUGCUCCAGCGUCAUGCCCGGCGGGGGGACGAACCUGGAGCUCGCCCUGCACUGCCUGCACGAAGCCCAGGGCAACGUCCUGGAGGCCCUGGAAAUGCUGCUUUUCGGAGGGCCCCGGAAGUCGGAAUCUCAUCCCCUUGCUAAUUACCGUUACGCAGGCUCGGAUAUCUGGACGCCCUUGGAGAGGCAGCUGUUCCAGAAGGCGUUUUGUGUGCACAAGAAGGACUUCUUCCUCAUCCAGAAGAAGAUUCAGACUAAGAACGUGGCCCAGUGUGUUGAAUAUUACUAUAUCUGGAAAAAAAUAAUAAAAUUUGACUGCGGCCGAGUUCAAGUCAUAGAGAGAAAGGUCAAGAAAGACAAGAAUGAGUUAGAAAAGACUGAAGAAAAGGGCGGUGACGAGCCCGGGACGAAGCAGAGGGGCUGCGGGACGGGGACGCCGCGCGCGUGGAGCCCGUCCUGCCGCCUGCGCGCGGAUCCGUGCGGCCCCGCGGGCGCCUUUCCGUGCAGGGAAUGCGAGCGGGUGUUCGCCAAGAUCAAGAGCCGGAACGCCCACAUGAAGCGGCACCGCCUGCAGGAGCUCCGGUGGCCCCCGAAAUCCCUGCGGAACGACACGGACGGGGCCCAAACGUUCCCGGAAUAA